UCGGACGCGGCGGCAUCGUCGGUGCCAGAAAGAUCAGCUCGGUGAGUGGACGCGCGCGGCCAGUGUCCAGCAGCCGUGCACAGUGAGAGAGAGAGAGAGAGAGAGCGGCUCGGGGCCGAGGAAAAUGUCGAGCAGCCAGCAGAAGCAGGCCGAGUUCCCCUGGGUGCUGGUGGACAGGUGCUUUUUGCCGGUCGUCUUCUCGCACGCGGCCGCCGUCAUUCUCUCGGUGGUGUUCAACACCCUAAGAAUCUCGCAGAUCUCCUGCUUUACCCUCUUUUUCUUCAUCUGCUCGUCGAGUUUGGCCACUGUUUUCUUCUACCACAACCUCAAAGUAACGACGGCUGGAAAGUCAGUUCUCAUUUCUGGCUGCGACUCGAAACUCGGCUCCUUAUUCGCAAGGCAGCUCGAUUCAUUGGGAUUCACAGUUUACGCAGGAUGUUUGAGGGUUGAGUCAGAAACAGCGGCCAAGCUGAAAAGUGAGUCAUCGGGACGGCUUCACUUGAUCAAACUUGACGUCACCUCGGAAUCAGACAUUAAGGCAGCUGUCAAUUACAUCAAGAAGAAUUUGCCUCAUUCACAAGCCGGUAUCUGGGCUGUCAUUAACUGCGCAUCAUGGGCUGCUUUCGGAGAGGUCGAGUGGGCUCCGUUCUCCAACUUCCAAAGGUCAACCGAGGUCAACCUUCUGGGCGCAAUCAGAGUGACGCAGAGUUUCCUGCCACUGCUCAGACCGACCCGGGGUCGCAUCAUAAAUGUGGUGAGCCUCCUCGGUCGCGUGUCCUCGAGGGCCAGGGCGCCCUACUGCACCGCCAAGUCGGCAUUGGAAGCCUUCGUUGAGUGCCUGAGGCUGGAAAUGAAACGCUGGGGCGUCGACGUCAUCCUCGUCGAGCCAGGCGACGCUCUCACAGGUGCUUUGGAGUGGUUCAGCGAGGAGCGGGUCCUGCGACAGGCUCGGGAGGCGUGGCAGGCGAUGGACGCGGCGCAGAAGGAGGAAUACGGCGAGAAGCACUUCGUGGACACCGUCCGGGCCGUCCACGACUACAUCAAGGACGACAAGGUGGAAAAAGAAAUCGACAUGACACCCGUUCUGCGCGCCCUGGUGGACGCCGUGGUGCGAACCUUCCCGCUGCCCAGGUACCAGGUGCUCACUCCGGCCGAGUGGGUGCAGACGCAGGUGGCCGAACAUUUUCCCCGCUCCAUUUACGACAUCUUGUACAAUUGAAUGCGACUGAGAGCUGAACGGAAUAAUUUACGCUUGGCAGCGAAUGGAAUGUGAAUUAGAGAAAGGGACGAAUGGAAAAUAAAUGCUUCGUAGAGCUGACAA